AUGAAGGGGGCGACGACGCAGGUGGUUGAGCCGCCAGGUUUGGUUCCCCCUGUGUCGCCCCUGGCGCACGUCUCCUCUUUCCACGUCCUCUUCUCUUCGGGGAUUCAGAAAGUAUCCUUCCGCGAGGAUAUAACUGAAGUAGGUCAGAAGAUAAUGUUGUAUUUGUGGGUGUGGUUAGAAUUCAUCAAAGUCAUUGGAAAUGGAAAAUCAUCUAAGUCAUCGCCCAUUGUGUGCAUUGGUCAAACAGAAGAUGUCAAGUCAUUACGUCAGACAGACCAUCUGAUAAAGAAAAUAGAUGACGCUCACCAGGUAUUUAUAAAAACUGAGGGCUUUAAACAUGCUAGAGAUAGAUUGGCAGAUGAAUAUCAACAUCAAUUGAUACUUCUUGGUUCCCCAGGAUGCGGUAAAACAACUAUAUCUCCAAUGCUGAUGCGAGAAUACAUACAGAAAGACUACAGCUACCAUUUCAUAGACUCCAUAGACAACAAUUAUAAUAUUAUCGAUACGGUGGACACCAGCACAUCAAAUAUCUUAGUAUUUGAUGACUUUUUUGGAAGAAGUGGAUUAUUUGAUAUUGACAAGUGGAUAAAGGUUUUGAGAGAUCUCGAUGUUAUGUUUAUGGAAACAGCUGAAAAGACAUCACAGGAAGUAAAUAAGCCAGACCUGAAAGUUAUUUUCACUUCGCGUGAUUAUUCUUUUAAGAAGGCUCAACCCUUCCUGGAGGAAUACGCAAAUACGAUCAUGAAACAAUCAAAUGUGGUUGAUUUGUCAACAUUUCGUCUAAACGAAACUGAAAGAAAGGAUAUGCUGUUAUCUCACUGUAAAGUUGCAGAAGUAGCAAUGCAAGAUGACCUUGUUAUGGCAAUAGUGAAUCAAACUAAAAACGUUAUUGGCUUUCCGUAUUGUUGUAAGCUGUUCCUAGUGGACAAGAUGUUUCAAAGGCACCCUAAAAACCUUUUCUCUAAUCCCUUUGUCUACUUCAAGAAAAUUCUAAGGACAUUACUCUUAUUGGGAAAUAACCGAGAACAAGCAGCAGCUUUGGUUCUAACAGUUCUCUUAGAUGGAAAGCUAACUGUGCCAGAACUAUAUCCACACACACGAAAACGCCUUGACAUGGAGGAAUAUCUGAACUGUUUAGUUCCUCUUAGCAUGCCUAACAAGCCAGAAGCGAUUAUCAGGGGUGCAAAGUCUCUAAAUGGUACACAUUUAAACACUAAACACAAAACGUAUGUCUUCUGCCACCCAACAUUGUAUGACGCCAUUGCAUGUAUUAUGGCAGAACAUUAUCCAAACGUUGUUCUACGGCACUGCACAAUGAAGUUUAUACAAGAAUUUCUUCAGCUACAAACAAAAUGUGAGGAAUACACAGCUGUAUCUUCAUAUGAUUACAGUUGUUCUGUUUCUAUUCCUAACGAACAUUCAGACAUGUUUGCUUGGCGUUUAGCUACUGAAAUAAAUCAGUGUAACUAUAUUGAAACACUUCAGCACGAUGUUCUUAGACAAGAUAAUUUUGUUGACGAACUUAUUGAAAAACUUAGAGAGGAAAGUGCUUUCCCAGAGAUGUUUCACAAAACUGACAAAACACAUGGUCAGAGUUUCCUAUUUUGGGCCACUCUUCUUUCACCACCAUAUAUUGUGAACAUUGUAUUUGGACAUUGUAGCUUUGAGGAACAUGAAUUAGUUGAAGGAUUUCUUGGAUGUGCCAGAAGUGGUAAUACCAGAUCACUAUAUGUCCUCACUGAAAAAUCUACAUCCAGUUUUGUCCUUGAUCGUGUUACAUCAGCAACAAUUGGAGAUAUACUGCAAACUGAAUCAAAUGCAGAAAAACAUAUGCAGUUAUUGUCUGUUCCAAGUGAGAGAAAGGGUCAGAGUUUGUCAAACAAUCCUUUUCUUUGUGGCCAAAACGAUGGUCUUUUACAUCUAGCAUGCAUCCAGGCUCACUGCGAUGUUGUAGAAAUGUUUCUGAAAUUAGGAUGUCCAGUAGAUGCUCGUGGUGAACUUGGAAGAACUCCUGUAAUGUACGCAAGCAGACUUGGCCAUGACAAAGUGGCUGACAUACUGCUAAAAGCUGGUGCCGACAUUAAUAUCAUGGAUGAAAAAAGAGCAUGCGCACUUCGUUUCGCUAUUUGUGGUGGACACAUAAAUGUGGCGAAAAUAUUCCUUGAAAAUGGUGUCAACAUCAACGAAAGAGGAGAGUACGUGAGAACACCAUUGUUUUAUGCUUGCUGUUACGGAAAUUCUCAAUUAGUUGAGUUUUGUCUUGAGAAUGGGGCAGAUACCUCUUUGAAGUGUACUACAAGUUCCUGUUUACAUCUGGCUUGUAAAUCUGGGAAUCUUGAGACAGUCAAAAUUCUUCUCGAUAAGGACAUGGCUAUUAAUGAACCAGGACAAUUUAGACGUACACCAAUAAUGUAUGCUUGUCGAUACGGACACUUGGAUAUUGUCAAUCAUAUGAGGUUGAAAGGAGCUGAUUUGAAAAUUGUUGAUGAUCUGGGAGAGGACAUAUUUCACCUGUCUGUACUUAGUGGGAAUGUUGAUAUUGCAAAGGAAAUGUUGCCUCCUAAUGCAACCCGAGAAUCUGUAUGUGGCUCAGAGCACAAAUCACCAUUUGAAAAUGCAAGCAGAAAGGGACACUAUGACAUGCUCAAAUAUUUUAUUGACAACAAGAAGGAAUUAGUUCCAGUGCCAUUAUGUCUUAUGUCUGCCUGCUACUAUGGUCACCUAACAUUAAUCAAGAUGCUGAUUGAUAUGGUGGAUGAUAUCAAUGAAAAGGGUAAAAAGGGCCGAACAGCAUUGAUAAGUGCAUGUCUUGGAGGUCAGACAGAAACUGCAGAAUUACUUAUAUCCAAAGGAGCUGAUGUCCAUCUUGUCGAUGACUAUGACAUUAGCUGUUGGCAUUAUGCCUGUGACACCGGGAGAGUAAAUCUGGUGGAGCUGCUUCUGAAGCAAGGAUUUACAGUGAACACUCCAUGCCAGAACUGGAUGACGUCUCUAAUGAUUGCCUGCAGACGAAACCAUAAAGAUCUCUUUGAAUUUCUUGUUGAAUAUGACAGAAAUGUGGUUCAUACACUAGAUAAGUUUGGUUUAACGUGUCUUCAUCACAGUUGUGUUGGAAAACACGACAAUCCAGAAAUACUGGAAAUGCUGUUUCACCGUGGGAUGAAUAAUGUCAACUGUAGAGACAAUGGUUUGAAGACCCCAGCCAUGUAUGCGAGCAGGAGUGGUCGCACAGACAUACUUCAUUAUCUUGUUGAUCGUGGGGCUGACCUGAACCUGAAGGAUAAACCUGGACAAACCUGUCUCCAUUAUGCUUGCUUUUCAAAGAAUGAGGAUAUCAUUAGCUAUCUGGUUGGUUGCGGAGUUUAUAUUAACUGUGAGGACAACAAAAAGAAGACACCUCUUAUGACGGCCUGUUUCAGAGGAAAUUCUGUUGCAGUGCAUGUUCUGCUUGAAUUAGGUGCUGAUGACACCAAACUAAAUGUCUAUACCGAAGCGUGUGUUCACACGGCGUGUAGAGAAGGACAUGUUGAAGUUGUGGAGGUUCUUGUGCGUCAUGGUGUUGAUAUGGAGAUGGAAGGAAAGUUUGGUCGAACGCCAUUCAUGUACGCGUGUCAGUAUGGCAAGAUUGACGUUGUUAACUACCUACGCGGGAUCAGUGUUACAAUAUUGGCAGCAGAUGAAAAUGGCGCCAAUAGCCUUCACCUCAGUUGUAUGGGUAAGAACGAUGACUGUUCUGUCGCCAGUAAGCUGAUUGAAUUUGGAAUCAACGUGAACAGUCGAGACAGAAGUCGGAUGACUCCUAUUAUGCAUGCCUGUUCUCAUGGACACAGCCAGCUUUUUGAGUUUCUAUAUUCGAAAGGAGCAAACAUUGCAUUACAGGACAGACGAGGGACAACUUGUCUUGAUUUUGCUCGAAAGAGAGGUCACCAUGAGCUAGCAAAGAAGAUAAUAAUACUGAAGUCAUGGGCGUCCGGAGGGGAGCGGGAGACACUCUACUUCCUGGAUUUAGACCUGAAAAGAGUGUUUUUUGAGCAGUCUACAGUGGAAGUUAACCUACAGCAGUUAGAUGGUCACUGGCGAGCUCCGGCACGAAAACGAAAAUACCGCACUGUCGAUGCCACAAUCCGGUCCUCGAAAGACGAGUUGAUCAGCCACAACAUCACAGACAUGGAGUACACUGAUCACAUCGACCACAACAUCACAGACAUGGAUUAUGUUACCGUUGGAUGUGAUAUUAUUCUUUUAUUUCCAGAAUUAUCUAACUCAUCGCCCAUUGUAUGCAUUGGUCAAACAGAAGAUAUCAAGUCGUCACGUCAGAGAGACCAUCUGAUAAAGAAAAUAGACGACGCUCACCAGGUAUUUAUAAAAACUGAGGGCUUUAAACAUGCUAGAGAUUACUUGGGAGAUGAGCAUCAACAUCAGUUAAUACUUCUUGAUGCCCCAGGAUGCGGUAAAACAACUAUAUCUCUUAUGCUGAUGCGAGAAUACAUAAAGAAAGACUACAGCUACCAUUUCAUAGACUCUAUAGACAACUAUUGUAAUAUUGUCGAUAUGGUGGACACUAACACAUCAAAUAUCUUAGUAUUUGAUGACUUUUUUGGAAGAAGUGGAUUAUUUGACAUUGACAAGUGGAUAAAAGUUCUGAGAGAUCUCGAUGUUAUGUUUAUGAAAGCAGCUGAAGAGACAUCACAAAACGUAAAUAAAACUGAUCUGAAAGUUAUUUUCACUUCACGUGGUUAUAUUUUCAAGAAGUCUCAACCCUACCUGGACGAAUAUGCAAACACGAUCAUGAAACAAUCAAAUGUGGUUGAUUUGUCAACAUUUCAUCUAAACGAAACUGAAAGAAAGGAUAUGCUGUUAGCUCACUGUAAAGUUGUAGAAGUAGCAAUGCAAGAUGAUCUUGUUAAAACAAUAGUGAAUCAAACUGAAAACAUUAUUGGCUUUCCGUAUUGUUGUAAGAUGUUCCAAGUGGACAAGAUGUUUCAAAGGCACCCUGAAAAACUUUUCUCUAAUCCCUUUGUCUACUUCAAGAAAAAUUUAAAGACAUUACUGCUAUCUGGAAAUAAUCGAGAACAAGCAGCAGCUUUGGUUCUAACAGUUCUGUUAGAUGGAAAGCUUAAGGUGCCAGAUCUAUAUCCACAAACACGGAAACGCCCUGACAUGGAGAAAUAUCUGAACUGUUUAGUUCAUCUCAGCAUGCCUAACAUGCCAGAAGAGAUUAUCAAGGGUGCAAAGUCUCUGAAUGGUACAUAUUUAAACAUUGAACACAAAACGUAUGUCUUCUGCCACCCAACACUGUAUGACGCCAUUGCAUGUAUUAUGGCAGAACAUUAUCCAAACGUUGUUCUACAGUACUGUACAAUGAAGUUUAUACAAGAAUUUCUUCAGCUACAAACAAAACGUGAAGAAUACACAGGUGUAUCUUCAUAUGAUUACAGUUGUUCUGUUUCUAUUCCUAUCGAACAUUCAGACAUGUUUGCUUGGCGUUUUGCCAAUGAAAUAAAUCAGUGCAACUAUAGUGAAACACUUCAGCAUGAUGUUCUUAGACAAGAUGAUUUUGUUGACGAACUUAUUGAAAAACUUAUAGAGGAAAGUACUUUCCCAGAGAUGUUUCACAAAACUGACAAAACACAUGGUCAGUGUUUCCUAUUUUGGGCCACUCUUCUUUCACCACCAUACAUUGUGAAAAUUAUAUUCAAGAACAGUAACUUUGAGGAACGUGAAUUACUUGAAGGAUUUCUUGGAUGUGCCAGAAGUGGUAACACCAGAUCACUGGAUGUCCUCGCUGAAAACUCUACGAGCAGUUUCAUCCGUGGUCAUGUUACAUCAGCAACCAUUGGAGAUAUACAGCAAACGGAAUCGAAUGCAGAAAAACAUUUAAAGUCACUGUCUGUUCCAAUUGAGAAACAAAAUGAGUGUUUGUCAAACAAUCCUUUUGUCGGUGCCCAAAACGAUGGUCUCUUACAUCUAGCUUGUAUCCAUGCCCACUGCGAUGUUACAAAAAGGCUUCUGAAAUUAGGAUGUCCAGUAGAUGCUCUUGGUGAACUUGGAAGAACUCCUUUAAUGUACGCAAGCAGACUUGGCCAUUACGAAGUGGCUGACAUAUUACUGAAAGCUGGUGCCAAUAUUAAUAUCAUAGACGAAGAAGGAGCAUGUGCACUUCACCUCGCUGCUCGUGGCGGGCACAUUGAUGUGGCAAAAAUAUUCCUUGAAAACGAUGUUGACAUCAACGAAAAAGGAGAACACAACAGAACACCCUUGUUAUAUGCUUGCAGAUACGGAUAUGUCGAAUUUGUGAAGUUUUGUCUAGAGAAUAAGGGAGACAUGAAGUUAAAGUGUCAAACAGAUUCGUGCUUACAUCUUGCAUGUAAGUCUGGUAGUAUCGACACAGUGAAGAUUCUUUUAGAUAAUGACAUUUUGCCAAGAAACAAAAUGUUGGACAUUAACGAGCCAGGCCAUUUUCGACGUACUCCUAUCAUGUAUGCCUGUCUUCAUGGUAAAACUGAUAUAGUAAACUAUCUGAUGACGAAUGGCGCUGAGUUGGACACUCUAGAUGAGAGAGGAGAAAAUAUCAUUCAUAUGGCGGUACUCAGUGGGAAUGUCGAGCUGGUGAAAGAACUUCUUUCAUGUUCUAAAACACAGCAUUUGCUCUCCAGUUUAAAUGGAAGCUCCGUUUUUGAAAGAGCAAGUGCAAACGGACGCUAUGAUAUGCUGAAGUAUUUCAUUGAAUCCAACAAGAAAUUGGUUCCACUGUCACCAUGUCUUAUUGUAGCGUGCUUUAAAGGACACAUGCCAAUAAUUGAGAUGUUGAUUGAUAUCGUUGAUGAUGUCGAUUACAGAGGCCAUAAAGGUCGUACUGCUUUGUUGACUGCUUGCCUGGGAGGCCAGACAGAAACAGCACGAUUCCUUAUUUCCAAAGGAGCCGACAAUACCCUCCUUGAUGAAUUCAAUGACAGUUGUUGGAAGCAUGCCUGUGAUAGUGGAAAAGUGGAUUUAGUAUCAUAUUUGCUAGAACAUUCAGAGUUUACUGUAGGAACUCCGUGCCAGAAUGGCAUGACUUCAUUCAUGAUAGCCUGUAGAAGGAACCACACACAGCUUUUUGAGUUUCUUGUUGAACAGGACACAUAUGCAGUGCAUACACUAGAUACAUUUGGAUCGAGUUGUCUUCACCACUGCUGUACUGGACGUCACGACAGUACACUGUUACUGGAGAGAUUGGUUGCUCUGAACCUGGAUGUGAACUGCACAGAUAACAACGAGAAAACACCUUUGAUGCAAGCAUUCCAAAAUGGUUGCAUAGAGAUAGUACGAUGGCUUGUGGAGCAUGGCGCCGAUUUGUGUCUAACAGAUAAAAGAAGGGGAAACUAUUUGCAUUAUGCGUGCAGGUCAAAUAAGGUAGAAAACAUCAAAUUUCUCCUUCAUUGUGGAUUUCCCGUCAAUUGUACUGAUCAGAAAAAUAACACACCACUCAUGGAAGCCUGUUUCAAAGGAAACUCUGAUGUGGUCGAUCUUCUUCUGCAAAACGGUGCUGAUGCCAACAGACAGAACACAUCCGGUGAGACAUGUGUGGGCGCAGCUCUCAAAAAGAAACAUGAAACGGUUCUACAGGUCUUGGCGAAUUAUGGCUUUAAUACCAAUAUAUAGUCAGUUUGUUUUCAGACACCAAUUUAGACACGACACCACUAUUUGUAGUGUGGUUACUUCUUGUAGCAGCUUAAUAUAGUCUGGUUUAGGAAAUAGCUCCUCAUAAAAAAAUACAAAAUCCUGAUAGGCAUUUUGAAACCUUUCUUUGAUGAUUACAAGUAGGUGGACCUCUGUAAUAUUUAAAGAUAAUUCCUCAAUCAGCCGUGUAACAAUAUCGUCAUGUGUCCGCUCCUCGGCAAAGAUAAUUCGUCAAUCAGCCGUCUAUCAAUACCGUCGUAUGUUGGCUCUUCAGCAAAUUAGCUGACAGUUAAUCGUUGAUGGUGAUCCAAUUCGAAACCAGGGUCGCCAGUUUACAUAAAAGAUUACAUUUCUUGAAGUGUAGCCAAUGGAGUGUUAUUGCCAACUCUGUUUGAACGUUGUUGAUUGUCACAAUAAACGGUAGUUUUCAAACUACCCAUUGCAAAACGUAUGACAAUACACGAUGCGAUGACGAUAAGCGGCGCUAAUUGCAGCCAAAAUGUUAAUGAGUGCUAUUCUUUUCUGUUGACUACCUUUGAUAAUGACGCUUACCAUCCUUCGGCCUGCAGUGCUGUUUUAAAAUUGAAAUUUGUUUGUUUACUAACAUAUUUAUUGUACAAAGAACAAAAUAAUUGGGAACAAGUUCGACAAUAUACUUCGCGACGUAUAUUACAUAGCUGUAAGUAUAAACUAUAUGAAUACAUUCAAGGAUAACCAGUGGAAGGAAAUGUAUUAUAUACAAAAUAAUGUGAAGGGGGAGGGAGGGGGGAACGAUGCAAAAGAUUACACAAAUAGUACAUCAGUUAAACUCGCUAUCACAUUUACAAUAAUCCUUAUCGUAAUUAAAAUAAUACUUUAUUAAUUAUAACAAUGAGUUUUUUAAAUAUAUAUUUGAACAUAAGUAAAUAUUUUUUUAUUUAUUAGCAUCGUUUAGUGUGCUUCGACCAUAUAUAAAAGUAAUAACAGUAAAUGUAAAUCUAUUGUUUGAAAAUGCUGUAAGGAAUUACAUAGUAUCUGUCUCUGUUGUUCAUAUAUAUUUUUUACAAUGAAGAAAAAAGGGUCUGUGGUAAGUCCACAUCUGUACAAAUCGGCGUUUAAAGCGCUACAUUCAUGUCGUAAUUUUGUAUAUAAUAUACUUUCUAUUCUUUUUCCACAGGAAAAAUAAUGUGGAACUUUAUUUACCAUUGAUGUUACUGCUUUCUGAAAGACGAUAUUGUUUUACACUUUCUACCUGCUGGGCUUAAAUUAUGCCAUAAAUCAAUUGCUGAAUAAAUAGAUGAUGUUUUUAAUAAGCAGAUUCUAGCAAAAGGUGUAGAUAUGUCCUCCCGAUUUGUUAACAUAUAAGGAACCCUUUCUUCUAAUCUUUGUGGAAUACAAUUAGUUAAGAAAUCAGGAGUCAUUCCUUCCAUUACUUUAAACAUUGUACACAGCCUUUUUGUUUUUCUCCUUUCACUAAAUGUUGUAAGACUGGUUUCAAUAUAUAGCGAAUUACGUGAAGCUAAUUUAGGCAUGCCAGUGAUUAUUCUUGCAGCUUCUAGUUGUACCUUUUCUAAAAUAUCUGCGUUUAAUUGGGAACAGCCAUCCUAGACCUCUGAACCAUAUUCUAGGACGGGACGAAUGAAAGUACUAUAUAUUCGCAUUAGAGUUUGACGAUUUAAUAAGUCUGUAUUUCCUUAAUACUGAGAUACUGAUGUGCAUACAUUGGCAUGAUUUUGCAAGCAAGGUUUUGAUUGGUCGAAUGAAAGGUCAACUGGACAUGAGCUCAAACGGAGUGAUGUUAGAUCCACAGGUAAUAGUAAUUAACCAGUGGAGCUAAUUUUAAUUAGAUUGAUCAUUAGGUCGAAUGAUAGCAGUGCGAUGCGGUAUACUAUUUUAAUGUGAUUUUUAAUUAUAGUUUCAAAAUUGUUGCAUGCAAUAUCAACAUUUUCUGGAUUUUCAAAUAUUAAUUGCCAUGGUUCAUCGUAAUUUUUAUACCAGCCAAUCAGUGGCUGUAGAAGCAAACUGCACACUGCAGAGAUCGAAAUAAUAUUACCCCGUAUAUUUGAGCGCAGAUGGGUAAUAAUUUCUGAUCGCUAACAAUCGCGGAUAACCGUAUAACGCUACUCUCAUUGAUGUCACAUAUAUUUGUGAUAAGAAUUGGGUCAAUAAGUGUCGCACUGUUCGCUGUUGCACGUGUCGGGGUGUCAAUUACAUUGAACAAGCGUUUGUGCAUUAUUAAUUCGUGCAGCUUGUUUCGUUUUGACGAGAGUAAAUCUUGACUGAGGUCACCGACAAUAAUAAUGUCGCACAUACCUACAUCGUCGGUGUUGUAUUUGGGCGGUAUACCACGCAUAAUAGAAGUGAUUUGUGUUUAAGUUUAAUUUUUACCCAUAUUAUUUCGUCAUGAGGCGUUUCAAUGUCGUAUCGUCGUGUAUAGGUUAGAUGUGAAUCGACAUAAACUGCGACAUCCCCUCCGUGAUUGUUACGGUCUCUUCGGUACUGUUCGUCAUAGUGAUCUAUCUUUAUUUCCUUAUUGGAUACCUGAUUAUCAAGAUGGGCUUCGGUGAAGCAUAGCAUAUGAAAGUCAAUAAGUAUUUCGGAAAGUUUUGGUAUGUAUAGUUUAUUGAGUAAGCUACGUAUAUUUAAGUGGAAGAUUGAUAAUUGUUCAUAAUAUUCAAUGUUUUAGUUUCGCCCGGGAUUUGUUUCAACAUAAUUGCAUAAUAGAAUUAGAAUGAGAAGAAGAAUUGGGUUUGAUAUUUGUGACAUCUGAAGUAUGUAAAGACAAGUAAUGAGAGAUGUAGCCAUGGAUAUGGAGAAACAGACUUGAAUUCUACGAAUUCAUCGAACAUGUACGAACUAUCAAAGUUAAAUGUGGAUCGAACGUGAUAACUCCAUGAUCUCAUCCUAAUAUUGAAAAGCCCGACAGACGCUCUGUAAACUGCUAUGUCAUUACCCAUUGGGCAGUUUGAAAAUAUUAAUAUAUUCCUUUAUACAGAGGCCAGGCAGGCUGGUCAACAUGAAGAUGAGAAAUUGGUGGAUCUUUGCACGUGGCGUGAUCUUAUUGUAGGUACAAAGUUAAGGAAAGGGAUAAGGAAAGUAUUAACAAGACGUUUCAACACAAACACAUAUAUCACAAGGAAAGACAAUCCUCGUAACUGAUCUAGGUUUCAAUGGAGUAAACGUCAAGGAUGAAAUAAUCCCCUGAUCCAUUUAAACUUUGGUACUGAGGGCAAAAAGGCCAGGGUUAUAUGUCUACCCUGUUAUAUAUAUAUAUAUUAUUUGUGAGUUACUAUAUCUUAUUAGAUUUAGUGUGUUUAGUUUUAUUUAAUAGUACUAAUUUUAACAUAACACUGUUUAACUAGCAAACGUUUAUAUUAUAUUGCUACCUUUAUUGCCCCUCCCCACUAUAUUUGUUUACUUCAAUGUGUGACAUUUUUAGUUUCCUAAUACUUUAUCUUCGAACAGCACUUUAUCAUCUUACUUGGUUUUUCCAUUCAUUUAUUCAGUGUUCGAGAUUACAAUUGUUGGGUAGUAUCCCAGAUGGAUACCAACAUUUUAAAAUCUUGUAUCCUACCUGAGAAUUUAGUAUCCCAAAAUGAAAUUCAUAAAUAACAUCAUUACAAACUUGAACGACACUGUUACUUGACUUCACCAGUAAAUGACGACUUUCAUUGUUUCAGCGAAAAAUAAAAACAUAGGAUUAAAAAAAAAAAAAAAAAAAACAAUAUUAUAUGGUAUCCCGGUGGGAUACUGGGUUAUUGAAGUCUGGUAUCCAAAAUUAAAUUCUGGUAUCCCCGGGAUAUCGGGAUACCGUUAAUCUCGAACACUGUUUAUUGCAAGGCCUUUGUGUACAAACAGUCGACUCUUAGCAUUAUUGUACGUAAUUUUAACUAUUAUGUUUAACGUAUUUGUAAAAUUUACAUUAGUUAGUUAUAAUAAUGGCUUGUUAGAAUAGGUUUUCAUUAUGAAUUAACAAUAGUUUGAACUCUGUUGGUUGGUAUACACACGCACACACACACAGGCACACACACACACACACACAUACACACACAUACACACCCACACACAUACACACCCACAUACACAUACACACACACAUACACAUACACACACACACACACA